UGCCGCUCGGCUCGCUGGGGGCGCUGAGGCCCAGCCGAGCCGUGUCUCCCUCCUCCGGGCUCGGGCGCCGGCACCCCCGGGGAGGCGCUCCCCUCUCCUCUUUCCUAAGAGCUGAGUGGCGGCCGCUCGGCGAUCGGGUGCUGCCGAGGCCGGGAGGCAGGCACCCCGAGGACAGGUGAGCUGGGGAAGCGCGUAAGCGGUUGAGGAAUUCCCGCGCCGCUCGGCGGGUAAAAGGGCGGCUGGGAACGCUGUGUGCCGAUAAUUAGCGGCUCAGGGACAGAAACAAGCCAAUGAGGGCCCACUGGCGGAGGAGGCACGCGGCGGCCCUCGGGGUCAGCUGGUGGGACCACCUGCACGUUGGCUGUAAGUGCCCUGAAUAUUCUGGGUCGUUGGAAGGCGCAGUUUCAAUCCCUGCACACAAAGGCGGUGAAACAAACUAGUUUAUUAAAAACAAAAAACCAAACCAGUGCCAUCGAGUCGGUUCCGACUCAUACAGGUCCUAAAACCCGGGAGCACACGAGCCGGGGAAGCCUGUCCACCGUCCCAGGUCAGGAGCUACACCUGUGACUUGCAGGGAUCAGGUCGGUGAUCACUAGCUGACGCGGCUCAGUUCUAAGGGGAUAUUUUGAAAAAUCAGCGGGAAAGCGAGGCGGGAACUCUAAGGUUGGGUCUCUUCCGAAAGUCCAGACCUUGGGAGUGUGCCGUCCGGCACGGCCUAAGAUGCCUCGGCAGCAGCUUGGAACGGCAGCUUCUCCUCCUCACACGGCCCCUUCACAGGCACUGUUGCCCAGAGUGGCGCCAGUGGUUCCUGAUGGCAGCUAACCAAAACGUUGGCGGUCGGACCAACCCAGCGGCCCGGCGAAAGAAAGGCCUGGCGAUGUGCUCCUGAAAAGAUCACCGCCAAGCCAACCCUGUGGAGCAGUUCUACUCUGCACUUAGGGGGACUCCUCGGCUGGGAGGGCCCUGCGUCAAAAGGAAAUGGGGUUGAAAAGAAGUGAAGUCACGCCCAGAAGCGAGAGGGAGGCGGUAGCAGGGAGAACACCUGCGGAGACAUAAAUAACUAAUCGUGGUGAAAUGCAUCCCUGCCCUAAUUGGACGAGAGAGGCAAGAAGAGGAACAUCCUGAUCGCUUUGCCCUGAUGUGGAGGCAGAUGUCACUUUCAGACUCACGAGAUGGCAGCCAUUGACCUAUCGUCCACAUGGGCUCUGCCUGCACAGGACUCUGCCUGUUUCCAUGUGGGUAAUACUAAGGAGGCAAAGAUGGUUGCUAGAUUUCCAACAGCCUGGUUACAGAAACCUGUGACUUUCAAAGAUGUGGCUGUGGAGUUCACACAGGAGGAGUGGGUAAUGCUGGACCCUGCUCAAAGAAAUCUCUACAGAGAUGUGAUGUUGGAAAAUUACAGAAAUCUCACCUCAGUGGAAUAUCAAUUAUGCAGCCCAACUGUGAUCUCUCAGUUAGAUAAAGAAGCGAGAAGAACUGUGAAAAGGAGAAUUUCCCAAGGCACCUGUCCAGACCGGGAGAAUCAACUUAAAACCAAAGAAUCAACUCCUAAGAAGAAUACUUUUCGUGAAAAACCAUCCAAUGAAAUGAAAAUGAUAAAACUCACAAUGGAUGACUAUUGGUCCUUUACAUUAGAAGAAGACUGGGAAUGCCAUAAGAUUAGAAAACAGCACAAGAUCCCAAAGGGACCUUUGAGGCAAAUGAGCUUUACUCAAAGGAAAGCAGCAUGUCAGGAGAGAUUCUAUGACCAUCAUGAAUUUGAGGAAAACUCUCAACUUGGCUCGAAACUUGUUUUUUCACAGAUAGUUUCCAGCAGUAAACAUUGCUGUAAAUAUGACCCAGAUAUUGGAUGUUGGAAACAUAAUUCAGACAUAAACAAUCAUCACAAACACUCUGUAUGUGAGAAGUUCUGUGAAAGUCGUGAAUAUGACAGAGCUUUAUGGUAUCUUGAAAGAAGUCAAACACAGAAAGAGUGCCCAUGCAGUAAAUACGACAUAAACUUCAAGCAUGAUAGAUUUCCCAUACAUAACAAUUUUCAUAUCUUGGAGAAUUCUGAUCAGUGUCAUAAAAACAACAGAGCCUCUUGUCAUCAUUCAUCCCUUAAUCAACAGGAACAAACUCAUACUGGAGAGAAAAAUCAUAAAUGUAACCAAUGUGGAAAAGCCUUCGAAAGGAUUUCUAAUCGUAUUUUACAUAAGAGAAGUCACAUAGGUGAGAAACAAUACGAAUGUAAGGAAUGUAGGAAACUCUUCCAUGAUUCCUCAACCUUACGGAGACAUGUGAGAACUCACACAGGAGAGAAACCCUAUGAAUGUAAUCUGUGUGGAAAAGCUUUUAGUCAAAAAACAUCUCUUAAGUCUCAUGUGAGAACUCACACUGGAGAGAAACCUUAUGGGUGUACUCAGUGUGGAAAAUCUUUUGGCACAAGUUCUUACCUCAUAGUGCACAAAAGAAUACACACUGGCGAGAAACUCUAUGAAUGCAGUGACUGUGGAAAAGCCUUUAACACAAGCUCUCACCUUAAGGUACAUAAGAAAAUCCACACUAGAGAGAGUAUUUAUGAAUGCAGCGACUGUGGGAAAGUUUUUAGUGGUCUCUCAUCCCUCAGAAUGCAUGUGAGAACUCAUACUGGAGAAAAACCUUAUGAAUGUAAGGAAUGCAGGAAAGCCUUCAGUGUUUCCUCUUCCCUUAGGAGACAUGUGAGAACUCACACUGGAGAAAAACCCUAUGAAUGUAUUCAGUGUGGAAAAGCCUUCAGUCAGAGCUCUUCACUUAUUAUACACAAGAGAAUUCAUAUUGAGAGAGAAACCAUCUAAGUGUACGGUGCCUUUUUCAGCAUCUUAAGGUAGACUCUAAACUCACUAUGUCUGUCUUUGUUCUCUACUGUAAGUAUUUAAGGAUAUACAUGGCCCUCUAAACACUUCUUUAGCUAUACAACUCAAGUUGUUACCUAUGAUAUUUUAGUUUUGGUUUAGGUAUAAAUAUUGUCUAGUAUCUAUUAUGAUUUUUUUAAAUACAUAGACUAUUUUGAAUUAUGUAUUUUUACUAUGUGAGAUAUGAAGAUUUUUAGUUGCCUUUUCAGUGAUCAAUUUCUAAGUUGACUGCAUUCUGUUCAGAGUAAGUGAACUAUGAUACUGCUUUAUUGGAAUAAUCUUGAGAGUUGCUCUCUGGCUCAAUUUGGCAGUUAUUGCUAGUAGCCACAUCUGAAAUCCAGCUCAUCCUUCCUUAUUACUGACUCCCAGUUUAGCUCAGGACAACAGUGUGUCUGGAUACAAAACUCUCAGCAUCUUUGCAGCGAAGGAUAGUCAUAUCCCCCAUUUCUGGUCCAUCAAACAUGGACUUGUAUUACUGGGGACAGACAUACGUAUUUUGUUCUCUUAGACUUUUGUACUUUGCCUUUAUGGCCUCCUCAUUUUUCUCCCUUUGAAUUUACCAUUCCUGUAACUGGACCAGGUGAAUGACAACCAUGACUUGAAGGUGGUGUAGAAGAGAUCCUGGUACCCCAAAAGCAACUUUAAAUAGCUGUGCUAGCCCUUCACUGCUUCUACGAGGCCAUCUUUUUAUGUAACAAAAAUAAGCUUAUUAAUUUUUUUUAAAAAAGCAUAUGAAUAGUCACUUGUUUAAAGGAAAAAAAAAAGACCACAGCGGCAUUAGUUACCUAUUUUAUACUAGAUACACCAACUUAGUCAGGAACAUAGAAGAGGGAGAGUAGAAGAGGAACAUUGAAGGAACUUUUGUGCUGAACCAGAAGAUAGAUGGAGCUGAGGUCACUGAGAACAAGUAAUCAGAGAAGCAAGAUGGGAAUGCCAAUACUUCAGCAUCAGAAAUUCAGAGAAUUUUCAAAUAGAGGGAAAGUCAGUCAUUUCAAAUGCUGGGUGGAGCCCUUGAGAUUAUGCUAUUUGGUCUUGCAGAUACUGACCAGAUUACCUAAAUUUUACUAAGAAAGAAAAUAUAGGAGGAGCACAUAGUGGAAAGAAGUGACAGUUGGCAGUUUUAGACAUGUUAGCUUUAUAGGAUGUUAAGACAUCCACAUGAAAAGAUUAAUAUGUAGGUCUAGACUUCAGGAGGUAUCUAGGAUGAGAUACAAAUCUUAGCAAUGUAAAUAUAUAGAUUAUAAUAGACUUUAUAGAGCCAACUAAGAUUGCAUAGGGAAAAUGGAUGGAGUAAAGCAUAUGCCUACUACUUACCUUGAACUCCCAUAUUUAAAGACAGAAUAAAACAAGGACCCAUAGUAGAGAGUUCACAGAAAUACCUGGGGGAGGGGAGUUUCACCAAACCAGGACAAAGUAGUGUUUCAAAAAGGAAGUUUCAGUCAGUUUUAAAUACUCCUUAAAAAAAAAAACCCACUGCUGUCAAGUUGAUUCUGACUCAUAGUGACCCUAAAGGACAGAGUAAAACUGCCCCAUAGAGUUUCCAAGGAGCACCUAGUGGAUUUGAAUUGAUGACCUUUUGGUUAGCAGCUGUAGCAAUUAACCACUAUGCCACCAGGGUUUCCACCAUGGACCAGAUGCUCCUCAGAUGUCAGAAAGUCUAGAAAAGUGAAUAUUCCAUAGAGCAAUGUAAAGAUCAUUGGUGAUUUCAGUGGGAGAUAUUGCAGUGGUUGAGGGGGGGUACUACAUUAAGAUGAGCUUAGGAAUCAAUAACACCAAACAGUGAGUAUAGACAACUUUUUUUUUUUUUUUAAGUUAGAAAAUAGUAAAAUUGUAGCAGCUGGAGAGAGACUUGGAUUCGCAAAAUGUUCUUUAAAUGAGAGAUCAGAACAUUUUCAAACCCUAAUGUGGUGGAUCCAGUAGAGAUUAAAUAUACGGGCGUAAGAAGAGGGACAGUCAAUAACAGUUCUUGAGAAGGGGACAGAGGUAUCUGCGGCACAAAUAGGAUUGGUGCUUGCUAUAAGAAAUGAUACUUCGAACUUUCUCUCAAGAGGAAAGGAGGAAUGGUUUUCAUUACUUUUUAUUUAUACCUAAGUUAAUUGUGUUGUGUUCAGAGUAUCUGACCUAUAUGAUGCUGUUUGUUUGGUCAUUUUUAAGACCCACCUUCUGUCCCAGUGUGGCAAAUACUGCUAGUUGCUAAUCUAAUGCAUCUUCUCCUUCCUUACUAAUAGAAUCCCUGUUUUGCUUAGGGUUGCAAUGUGCCUAGUUAUCCUAGCCUCUUUGUACCCAAGAGCGGCCAUUUCCCCUGUACUUGGCCAAUAAAUGGAACCUUGGUGGUACAGUGUUGAGCACUUGAAUGCUAACCAAAAGGUCGCCAGUUUGAAUCCACCAGCAGCUCCACAGGAGAAAGGUAUGGCAGUCUGUUUCAAUAAAGAUUUACAGCCUGGGAAACCCUAUGGGGAAGUUCUGCUUUGUCCUAUAGGAUCGCUAUAAGUUGGAAUCAACUCCAUGGCAAUAGGUUUGGGGCUUCUUGUUUUUUCUCCUUUUGGUUUGGUCAAUAAAAUAGAUACAUGAGACAGAUUGUAGAUUUGGUGGCAAGAUUAUCUGCUGAGAAUAAGAAGAAUGAAAUAUUGAUUGAAGGUUUUAAGUGAAGAUCUCCAUGCUUAUGAAAGUCACCUAAGUUAUCAGUAGGCCCUUCGGUGGAGAAGACAGCAAAGCAAGGAGCAAAGUCUUCAAUGAAUAAGAGGAAGAAUCCAGUUGGAUGGAAGAUAGCAAGAAAGUGGUAUAGCCAUGUAGUAUGGACCUCAAAAAAGUAGGAGUUUUUACAAGAGGCUGCUUUACUCCAUCCAUUUUUAUUACUCAAAACACCAUUGGGGAGAAAGGAGGUCAUUGAUCCUACUGUGAACACUGAAUUGGCAAACACUGAACCACUGCUCUACAGGGUUAGGUUCCUGCAAGCCUCUGGUAACAUUUUUGUCAACCAAUCAAUACAUACCUUGUUUUAUGUGUUUGUUUGAAGACACCUUAUUAAAUAUAGUUCAUUCACUGACAUUGAACUCAGUCAACAGCACUAUGACUUAUGCUUCAAUGAAGCUUAUCUAACGCAUGUAUUUUCUCUGUAAGGCACAUUAUAGCCUUCUUGGGCUUAGGAACACUAGACAGCACUUCAACACUAAGUUUGGAGGCCAUUUUAAACAGCGGAAUCUUCGUCAACAACAACAAAAAUAAACACAAAAAUGUGGCACUAAGUAGAUCAUAAAAGGAUACUUGUUAACGAUAUGAAAGAAGGCAGAGCGUCACUUUGUUCAUCCUCAGCUGGGAACGUGUGUUGGGGAACUCAAAUUUUGCAUUGCUCUCUGCGUUGUUGGAUAUGAUGGUUAAGACUGUGUGUCAACUUGGCUGGGCCAUCAUUCUCUGUGUUUAUAUGUGAUCACACACACCCAUGAUCAAAUCUGCUGCGAGUAACCAAUCAGUUGAAAGGGAUUUUCCUUGGCGGUGUGGCCUGCAUCCAAAUAUAAGCAGACUUUCUGGCUUUUUUGCUAAUUCUGGAUCCUGCAGCUGUAUCCUGUUCAUCUGACCUCCGGUUCUUAGGACUUGAGCUAUCAGCUUAUCUGCCAAUCUUGGGAUUUGUCAAUCUUCGCAGCCUGUGAGCAAGAGCCCUGCUCUCCAACCUGCUCAUCUUGAAUUAGCCAAGCCUCAGCAGCUACAUGAAUCAGGAGAAGCCUCUAUCCUGAUCCACAGACGGGAUGUUCCAGCGCCUACAAUCACAUGAGCCAUUUCCUUGAUAUAAAUUUCUGUAUAUUUAUACACUUUACUGGUUUUGCUUCUCUAGAGAACCCAGCCUAAGACAUUGGGGAAGGAUAAUUAAAAACAAAACCUAUCACCCCAAACUUUCCACAAAAGUAGGAGAAAGAAAAUUUUAUUACUGAAUGAGCAUUAAGCCAGAAUCAGAUGCACAUCACAGGCAAUCCAUUAAAGAGACUGCAAAGACAGAAAUUUUAUCCUUUUAUAUGGCCAAGCAGAUGCAAACUAGUUCAUACAUGUUCUCAGGAUAAAGGAUAACUAGUUCUCAAGUAAGGGUUAUGUAGUUCAGAAGGUUGCAUGAAGGGAAUUUUAGGAGGAAAUUCUUACUUUUGACAAAAUGAUUCCAGUAUCAUCUCUUCUGGUAAGCUGGACUUCUUACUACCUACAGAGGCACCCCCUACCAGACUGCGUGUCACUCACUUGAACAUUGGCCUCCCGUCACUGCUUUCCCCAUCAUCCAUAAUGUUUCCUCUUGCUUCAAUAAGGAGGUCACAUUUAGUUUAGAAAUAAAAAGUCCUAUCAAUGGGGAGAAAUUAGCCCUAAUUUCUCCAACUGCAUUUCAACCUAUUCUCCCUCUAUAAUUUGCAGGCAACAUGCUCCUUUCAAGUCAUACUUUUGCAAAUACUUUUUUUCUAUAUUGAGAAUACUCAUCUUCCUUGUUGUCCAUAUCAGGCAUCAUGAAACCUGCCCAUGGGCCAAGUCUGGCCUGGAGUCUGCUUCUGUGUGGCCUUCAAGCUAACAAUGGUCUUUACGUUUCAAAAGGGUAUUUACGAAAAAAUAAAAAUAUUUUGUGACACAUAGAAAUUGUAUGAAAUGCAAAUGUCAGUGCCCUAAAUAAAGUUUACUGGAACGCAGUUGUACUCAUUUGUUUUCGUAUUAUCUAUGGCUGCCUUCACGCUAAAAUGGCUGGAGUACUUGCAACACAGACCUUAUGACCUACAAAACUAAAACAUUUACUAUCUAGCCCUUUUUUGGAAAAGGUUGUGGUCUCCCAGUCUAGGUAAUUUCUACUCAGCCUCGUCUGUUUAAAUAACAAUUCCUAAGCCAGAUUCUCCAUGAUUUCUGUCCCCACCACAAUUUUGUCAGAUCCUCUAGUUUACACACCCUCAUAACCACCUGUAUUUUUGUCAUGAUAUCUCAUUUGCACUCAGAGAAUACCUGGAAUGAAACGCAUACACCCAGAUUCAAGGAUGAGUUGAAGUUGGCCUGGCCUGAAAUUUAAGCUGCCUGCUCUAAAACGUAAACCUGUAGCAUUGAUCACUAAUACCUGGAGUUGUAUAAACUCCUUAUACCUAUACACUAUUUUUACACAGCCAUGGCCCCCAUGAUGUCAGUUCAGGCAACGUUAGACCACAUAUACAUCCAAGGUCCCAUAAGGAUUUUUUUUUUUUUUUUAAGGGAAACCAUUUCUUUUAUUUCCCCCUAAUGGUUGUAAAGACUUCGAACUCCAAGAGUGAACAAGCAAUGAGGCUCCAGGGUGCAUCCCAAUCCCCACAGCACCUCUUCCGCCUUCCCCUCCUCCUGGCUUCAUUCACCUGUCUAGCAACCAACUGCCCAGCAGCCGUGCAGCCAUUCACUCCCAAUGCAGAGCAGCGCCUACAUCAGCACUUCUGCUCAUGUCAGGGGUGCUGGCGGGGGUCCAGGUCGUAGCAGUGGCUGCACAUGAUCAGGAAGUAGCUACACCAAGGUGGCAACAGCCAGGGCCACCACCACCAGCUGCACUCCCAGCAUCUGUCCACGC